AUGUCGUUGUCGAAUACUUCAAUAGCGGCGUUGAGGCAGCAAAUGGAUGAUAGUAAUCAUGAGUUGGAAUCUGCUGAAACAAAUAGGCAGGUGGCUAAUCAAUUGACACGCUUGUGCAACUUCCUAGGGGCAUCGACUCGACAGAUGGCACAAGUGGUUAGGCAAACCAUUCCUGUUCAAGUAGAGAUAGGGGCAGCAGAAGAUGAGACAGUCCAUGAGGGACAAAUCCUUAAACCCCAACAAAAUCAAGGCGUUGAGUCAGGAGUAGCAGGACGUAACCAGAUGGUGUUAGUUAACCGACAUCAGGAUGCUGAUCAAAUUGUCGAUCAAGAUCGGCAAGAAGACUUAGCAGUGGAAAAUAAUUUGACAACUAUUGUCGAAAAAAUUAUGGCUAGGAAUGGUAUGAGUGCCACAUUGCAAAGACCACUAUAUGCUUCCCCAUUGGCUGAAUUUAUUCUCCAAACCGAGGCACCUAGAGGAACGAAGGCUGCCUUCACAUGGUUCACUUCUUUGGCCCUAAAUUCGAUUGGUUCGUGGGCCAAGUUAGAAAAGAAGUUCCAUGAACAGUUUUACGAAGGACACUCCAAAAUCAAUUUGGCAGAAUUGUCUAGCAUUAAGAAAAGGUUUGCUGAGAGUAUUGACGAUUAUCUGAAUAGAUUUAGAUCAUUAAAGGCCAGGUGCUUUACGCAAGUACCGGAACAUGAACUUGUUCAAAUGGCUGGUGGGGGGUUAGAUUAUUCCAUUAGGAAGAAAGUAGACCCAAACUUUGUAAAGAGUAUGUCACAAUUGGCUGAUAGAGUUCGACAUCUCGAACGGCUAAGGGAUCUAGUUCAGAAAGCAAUUCAAGAACGCAGGCUGAAAUUUGCUGGCCACAAAAUGAAGAUCGACGCUGACCCUCUCCACCAGGAGGACGCUCUAUUCGUUUAG